UUAUGGUAUAUCGAAGAACGAAGAAAUGUAUUGGUUGCACACACGUAAAUAGAAACUAAACAAACUUCAGCUGCGAUAUUUGUGAGCUCAAGUGUUGAAAAAUAUAGACUUUCGGCUCAGCUAAUAUAGGAUAUUAUAUAAAUUGGUUGCGCACAUAUAAAAAACGCUAAAAAGGAAGAACAUUUGCUAUUUAAAUUGCAAAAUAUUUGUUUAACUAAGUUUACCAAAGGCAGAACAAAUUAUCAGUUUAUAAAUAUCCUGGAUAAGUGGUAUCGCUUGAUUAGUGACCUUCAGUUCAGUGCCGUUCGAACAGCACGAAAAUAAACAUGAACUAUAAUAUCAACGGGACAGUCGAUGGCGAUACGAUUGUGGAUUUUUCGUCGCUCGAUGGGAAAGUUCACGAACUUAUCAACGCUGCCAUCAAGGUCCGAAACAAUGCGUACUGUCCGUACAGCAAGUUUGCCGUAGGAGCUGCACUUCGCGCGAAAACUGGCGAAAUUUUUACAGGAUGCAACGUAGAGAACGGAACGUUCGGACCUAGCGUAUGUGCGGAACGGACUGCCCUAUGCAAGGCCAUCAGCGAGGGGCACCGUGAGUUUGAAGCGAUCGCCGUGGUGGCGUAUCAGGAAACACACUUCACAACACCAUGUGGUACCUGCCGGCAAUCAUUGGCCGAGUUCUGCCCGAAGGACCUGCGGAUCUAUGUUGCCAAACCAUCGCCAGCACGUGUGAUGGUAACUUCACUGCAGAAACUAUUGCCUCAUGCAUUUAUGCCAAACUUUCUGCGUGAAUAGUUGUUAUUGGCCUCCGAAAGCGUGUGGAGAGUGAGGAAUCGAUAUGAUUUCUAAAUGCUUUUGGUAAAUGUUAAUCUAACGCACAAUUUUAACGGAACCGGUUUAUUAUUUUAUUGUGAUACAAUUUGUGGUAGCUUGUGUGUGUAGUGAUAUGUUAUUUACAUUUGCUUUAUAUGUGAGGUAUAUAGCCUUCCAAUCAAUGUUAUUGCCAAAUAAACAAAGAACGACCAAUAGUAGCUUUUGAAUUUUUUACGAUUUACGAAGAAAUGUACAGCAACAAAAACAAGAAUUGCAAGAAUUUCGGAUAGUUCGAGAGCAAACAUAACAGCUUUGAUUGCUUUCCUAUAGGCGUUUAUAACGCAUAUUUACACUUGCUUUGACACCAUAAAAAUCCCCCCAAAACAUGGCCCAAACCAGAACAACAUCGCACGAACCUUAUUCUUGGACAGCGGUCAUUUCCGCAUCCUGUUGUUCUCCCCUGCGAAAUUUCAGCUGCUCCGAAUAUUCAGUAUAUAUUCGCUGCCACUUUGGCUGUGUUUUGAGUUGAUCCAAAAUUUCUUCGAACAGUGUGUACUUUGAAAUACCGAGAAUAGUCGAUUUGGCAGUGUCUUCAAGACGGAACGACGUUCCCAACAGUUGAUCCAGCACUUGGCGUACUUUCGCUUCGGUACCGUGUUGCGCCAGCUGAAAUCCUAGCAUCAGAUACCAGUGCUGCAUUUCCCUCGGUGAAUUGAUCAUUUCAGCGAGCUUUAUUUGAUUCUCAACGAACGCGAGCAUUGCUGAGGUUUGCCAACCAUUGUUUGGGCUACAACACACAAUAUCAAAUUAAAUCAAAAUAAUCAACAUAGGUAAAUAACAACUAGAAUGACAUACUUCUCUAGGAAGCUCCGUGGAUUAAUUGGUUGAGCAUUGGCAAAGCAUUGGACCGUUGUAAGCGGAAAUGACUUCAUGUUCCGCACGUUGGCACUUGUUUUACCGGUGAACAACCCAUGCCGCAUGAUCGGAUCAGAUGAAUUGGUGAUGAGCCAACUCUCCAGUUUUUUACAAUAGGAAAAUGAUGCGCCAUUUGCAAGAAUGAUGAAUGGAACACCUUCGUCGGAUACGUGAAGCAUUGUUGCGAAGCCUGUUCGAAGGAAAAAAUAGUUUAACCACUUCGCACGCUUCCAUUUGAAUUCGAAAGUUGAUUUUUUUCUAAUUUUGCAGACGCAUUAUUUAUGACCAAAAAAGAUAAUUUGUAUCAUCGGUCCAGAGAUGCCAGGUUUGAAGACAUGUCUUCAUUUGGAAGACAUUUGACUGUGAAAACAUUUGAUUUUGUGAAGACAUUUCAGUAUGACAGCGAACGUGGGUUUAUAUUAGAUAUAUAUUAUUUCUAUGAAAUUUUAACUGUUGGCCGAAAAUAUCGUCAAAAGAAGUAAGGCUUUUGUAUCAGUAUCAUUCACUAGCUUUUUAUCAGUGUCAAUGUUUGUUCUUAGUAAUUUUUGUUCUUAGUAAUCAUCGGAGGUUUUUGUCCCGGGCCAUUCACUUGGUUUUUCAAACUUUUCCAACCAGAAAAUCCACGAGCAUAUAGAAUGAAUUCAACAAUAAAGCGACAUAUACUUCAAAUUCUGGAGAACUUCAAGCGGUCUGAAUACAUAUUGUCUCUAGAAGACACUAAUUCAUUCGCGCUCGAGAAUUCGAAAGAUUGUGACAUUGUAUUUCUAUUAUUUAGGACCUAUACUAUACAAUAGAUUAACCUAAUAAUUAGUUUUAUGAAUAUAGUUUGAGUUAAAACCAAAACUUCUAAGUUGAAAUAUAUUGAGUUAUCACAGUUCCAUUUUUGUGGAAGACUGCGGCUAUAUUCACUCAAUCAAUGGUUUAUCGAGUCAAUUAUUAUUUUUAAACUCAUAAAAUUUAGUUCGUAGUUGCGCAACACUUAUUCACAUUUAUUGAAAUAAACU